GGGGUGGAUGAAUGUUGAUGUUGGAUUGGGACCGGUCAUAAAAUCCUGUUGCGUCUGGUUUCACUAUGAGAACCGAUGGUGUUUUGGAUUUUAGGUGCCCUCACACAGCUGGAGGUUGCGAAAAAGCCUGUCGUUUGCUGUCUCACCUGGUUGCUUUUUUGUUUCAUUGUUAUUAUUGUAUAAUUGUUUCCCCAUGUCUCACGUUUCGUGAAUUGUGACAGCACUGUUGUACGAUUUGUACGUAAGCACUUCAUAAUUCACAAUUCCUAUCCUUGGAUGUACGAGCGUAAACAUUACCUGGAUGUGUGGAAUACAGGGGCGGGAGAGACAGCGUUGCUUGGAGCAGAGGAAACCUGUGUCUUGUUCGGUGUUUGUGUGCACGCAGACGACGGGGACAACUACUUCAUGGUGCUGGUGCUCGUGAUAGUGGGCAUUGCUGUGCUCGCAAGCAGUGCAGCCGUGCUCUACAUCUGUAGAAAGAGGAACGGGCAGUGUGUGUGCGGUAAAACACCCUCGCAACCUCCUGUAAAGAACCAAGUGGAGAUUGAUGAUCCCGAGAGAAGAGUGUUUGUCCGAAGCUUCGACGACUCGGAUUUGAACUUCACCAUGGAAGCUGACAAAGACGACGUCUCCCUCACUUUGACUGAAGACCGAGUGUCCCUGACCCCCAGCAUGGGCAUCUCCACUCUGCGGAGGAGCAUCAGCACCCGCAUCAGGGAGAAGAAGGCGGAGGAGAUCGCCAUGGGCACGGUGUGGGAGGCGAUGGACCGCAACAUGUCCGAGCUCAGGCGGCUGAUCUGCAGCGACCCCCCGUGCCUCCUCAACGAGCUGCUGAGCCGCAAGCUCAUCUCGCACCAGGUGCACAGGAAGGCGGCCUCCAUCAGCGACCGCACGGAGCGCUCCGAGUAUCUGCUGCGACGCUUCGUGGACGGCGGCGGGGACGCGUGCCUGCGUUUCAUGGCCGUCUUCGCGAUCGCAAAGGAAAACUCCGCGCGAUUCCGCGUCAUGAUGGCCACCUCGCGUGAGUCUCCUCCAUAUAUUAGUUUGGCCACGUGAAAAAAAGUGAAAGUAUUUUUUUGGUUUACACAACCCAAUGGCCCGUGAGCCUUCGAGAAGUGCAUCAU